GUUUUUGUUGGUUUGAGUUUCAAGAUUGUGUUUUCUGAUCAUGGUGAUUUUGGAUCAACUAGAAAAGGCGUUAAAAUUCCCAAUAUAAGAGCUUCCAUGCGAAUUCAUCUAACAAACAAAACAAAACACAGGUGUUAAGUAAGGAUCAUACUCCCGCCAUUUUGAGCAGCAUGAGAGAAUUAAGUAGGGCUCUCAUCAACAACACUAACAAUCCUGAAUUAGCUUGGCAGAUCUUCAAACGCAUCGCCUCGAAUCCCAACUUUCCAUCCGAUGCUCUCAAGUUCAACCAAUCGCUGUCUGUUCUUACCCGUAUUCUUAUCGGAGCCAAAAUGUUCACCCAAAUCAACGCCCUUCAGCAACUCCUCCUUUCCUACCCAUCCCAGACUUCGCACGACUCCAUGGUCUUGCUUGUUCGCGAUCUUGCUAAAUCGGGUCAUGUCCUCGCUUCAACAAAAUCUCCCAAGCUGUGUUCAAUUGCUGUAUGAAGACAUGAUUGUUUCUAGGGUUACCCCUGAAACUUACACUUUCAACCUCUUGAUUGGAGGGUUAUGUGAUUCAGGCUAUUUAGACGAUGCACGGAAGGUGUUUGAUAAAAUGCGCGAGAGAGGAUGCGUACCUAAUGAGUUCACCUUCGGCAUUUUGGUUCGUGGGUAUUGUAGGGCUGGAUAUACUAACCAAGGUUUGGAGCUUUUGGAGGUAAUGAGAAGUAUGGAGAUUGCUCCAAACAUUGUUAUUUACAACACAUUAGUUUCAACUUUUUGCAAAGAAGGUAAGACUGAUGAAGCAGAAAAGUUAGUGGACAUGAUAAGAGACGAUGGUCUUUUUCCAAACGUAGUUACAUUCAAUUCCAGGAUUUCAGCUCUAUGUAGUCAAGGAAAAGUCUUGGAAGCUUCAAGAAUUUUCAGAGAUAUGCAAGUAGAUAAGGUCUUAGGGUUGCCUCAACCUGAUAUGAUUACUUACAAUUUGAUGCUUCAAGGGUUUUGCAAGGAAGGAAUGAUAGCUGAAGCAAAAACCCUAAUUGAAUCCAUGAAAGUAAGUGGUUUCACUUUAGAAGUAGAAAGUUACAAUAUAUUCUUAUUUGGCUUAAUAAAAAACCAAAAGCUUCUAGAUGCACAAGUAGUUCUCAAUGAGAUGCAAGAAAAUGGCAUAUCACCAACUGUUGUUUCAUACAAUACAAUUAUAAAUGGUCUAUGCAAGAAUGGUAUCCUUCAUGAUGCAAAAAUGGUCAUGAGUUUAAUGAAAAAACAUGGAGUAUCUCCUGAUGUAAUCUCUUAUAGUAUCCUACUUCAUGGAUAUUGCAAAAAAGGGAAGAUCAAUGAAGCCAAUAAACUCCUACGUAACAUGAUAGAAAACGGUUGUUUUCCAAAUAACUACACUUGCAAUAGUUUGCUAGAAAGUUUGUGGAAAGAAGGGAAAGUAUUAGAAGCCGAUGAGUUAUUAAAAAAGAUGAAAGAAAAAGGCUAUGAUUUGGAUUCAGUGACCUAUAACAUUGUUCUUGAUGGACUAUGUAAAAUCGGGAAAGUAGAAAAAGCAAUUGAAAUCAUUCAUGAAAUGUGGAAUCAAGAUUCUAAGCCUGACUUAAUCACUUAUUCCAUUAUAAUUAACGCAUUAUGCAAAAAUGGGAAUCUUGAUGAAGCUAAAAAGAAAUACAUUGAAAUGAUAGGGAAAAACAUAUACCCAGAUUCAAUUAUAUUCGAUAUAUUUGUGUAUAGUUUAUGUAAAAGGGGAAGGGUAUCUUCGGCAUUUCGGGUGCUUAAAGACAUGGAGAAAAAAGGGUACAACAAAACCUUGCAAACUUACAACUCUUUGAUACUCGGGUUAGGAAUGAAAAGUCAAUUCUUUGAAAUGUAUGGAUUAAUGAAUGAGAUGAAAGAAAGAGGCAUUUCUCCUAAUGUUUUUACUUACAAUAACAUGAUAAGAUGUUUAUGUGAAUCAAAUCAAAUCGAUAAUGCCAUGAAACUAUUAGAUGAAAUGUUGAGUAAAGAAAGAGGCAUCUCUCCAAAUAUUUCCACUUUCAAGUUAUUAAUCAAACCCUUAUGUCAAAUAGGCGAGUUUACACCAGCACUUGAAGUGUUUGACACCUCAUUAAGAAUCUAUGGUCAUAAAGAAGUGUUGUAUAGCUUCAUGUUUAAUGAGUUAGUUUGUGGAGAUGAACUCAUGGAAGCUAAUAACAUUUUCAUGUCGAGUUUGGAUAGAUGUUUUGAUAUAGGGAGUUUUUUAUAUCAAGAUUUUAUUCAGAGACUUUGUAAGGUUGAAAUGUUGGAAUGUGCAAGUGAUGUGUUAAAGAAAAUGGUUCAAAAAAAGUAUUCUUUUGAUUCUGCGUGUUUUAUGCCUGUCAUUGAUGGUUUGAAAGUGAAUGGGAAUACGCGUGAGGCUGAUGAAUUUGCUGAGUGGAUGUUGGAGAUGAAUUCGGAGGUUGAGGUUUCUAAUAGAGUUGACCGAAAUUUUAGAGUGUUUGACCAUAAAAAAGUUGGAAAAAGUGAAAAGAAUUGGCAGAGUGUGCUCCAUAGAGAUGAUGGGAGUAGUGUGACACUGAAAAUUUUGAGUAAGGUAAAGAAAGGAUGGGGUCAUGCGAAUAUAUCAAAUCAGAAUUCUCAAAAGUAUGACUUCAUUGAUAAUAAUGAUUGAAAGUUAUUAUUUGGAGAUAUGUUGCCUAUCUUUUGUGAAGCUUGUUGAAUUAGUUUUUGUAAUUUGUAUCUCUAUGAUGUAGUGUACGUUUUUUUUUUGUUAUUGUAAUUAUAGGGAUCCUGAUUUAUAUACAUAAUACAUGGAUAAAUAUGGAA